CACCAGUGGCGACAGGGGAGAGUUGGAAAGACGCAGGAGAGAAGCAGGAGGCAGGAGGCAGCGGGGAUGGAGCAAUGGGAGCGGGAAGCAGGCAGGUUUCCUUGCAAAUCCCCCUCCGGCCUCACGCCGUCUCGCCGGCCCCGGCAGGGGAGCGAGGACCCCGGCGAACAGAUGGAGGAGUGGAGCUCGCUCUAGGCAGCUGGGCUUGGCCGGAGAAUGGAGGAGCCACCAAGCGACCGGCUGAUUGGAAGAGAAACGCAGAGCGAUGGAGGCGGGGGUAGGAGGACGAUUUCUCUGCGGGGACUGGCGGCGGCGUACACGCCCGGGUCGGGCGCUGCAGAGCUUGGCUGGCUUUCAACCCGCGCUCGCCGGCUCCAGCCCCGCGCGCCCCCACCCCUAGCCCUCCCGGCGGCUCCGCAGGGUGAGGUGGCUUUGACCCCGGGUUGCCCGGCCAGCACGACCGAGGAGGUGGCUGGACAGCUGGAGGAUGAACGGAGAAGCCGACUGCCCCACAGACCUGGAAAUGGCCGCCCCCAAAGGCCAAGACCGUUGGUCCCAGGAAGACAUGCUGACUUUGCUGGAAUGCAUGAAGAACAACCUUCCAUCCAAUGACAGCUCCAAGUUCAAAACCACCGAAUCACACAUGGACUGGGAAAAAGUAGCAUUUAAGGACUUUUCUGGAGACAUGUGCAAGCUCAAAUGGGUGGAGAUUUCUAAUGAGGUGAGGAAGUUCCGUACAUUGACAGAAUUGAUCCUCGAUGCUCAGGAACAUGUUAAAAAUCCUUACAAAGGCAAAAAACUCAAGAAACACCCAGACUUCCCAAAGAAGCCCCUGACCCCUUAUUUCCGCUUCUUCAUGGAGAAGCGGGCCAAGUAUGCGAAACUCCACCCUGAGAUGAGCAACCUGGACCUAACCAAGAUUCUGUCCAAGAAAUACAAGGAGCUUCCGGAGAAGAAGAAGAUGAAAUAUAUUCAGGACUUCCAGAGAGAGAAACAGGAGUUCGAGCGAAACCUGGCCCGAUUCAGGGAGGAUCACCCCGACCUAAUCCAGAAUGCCAAGAAAUCGGACAUCCCAGAGAAGCCCAAAACCCCCCAGCAGCUGUGGUACACCCACGAGAAGAAGGUGUAUCUCAAAGUGCGGCCAGAUGCCACUACGAAGGAGGUGAAGGACUCCCUGGGGAAGCAGUGGUCUCAGCUCUCGGACAAAAAGAGGCUGAAAUGGAUUCAUAAGGCCCUGGAGCAGCGGAAGGAGUACGAGGAGAUCAUGAGAGACUAUAUCCAGAAGCACCCAGAGCUGAACAUCAGUGAGGAGGGUAUCACCAAGUCCACCCUCACCAAGGCCGAACGCCAGCUCAAGGACAAGUUUGACGGGCGACCCACCAAGCCACCUCCGAACAGCUACUCGCUGUACUGCGCAGAGCUCAUGGCCAACAUGAAGGACGUGCCCAGCACGGAGCGCAUGGUGCUGUGCAGCCAGCAGUGGAAGCUGCUGUCCCAGAAGGAGAAGGACGCCUAUCACAAGAAGUGUGAUCAGAAAAAGAAAGAUUACGAGGUGGAGCUGCUCCGUUUCCUCGAGAGCCUGCCUGAGGAGGAGCAGCAGCGGGUCUUGGGGGAAGAGAAGAUGCUGAACAUCAACAAGAAGCAGGCCACCAGCCCCGCCUCCAAGAAGCCAGCCCAGGAAGGGGGCAAGGGCGGCUCCGAGAAGCCCAAGCGGCCCGUGUCGGCCAUGUUCAUCUUCUCGGAGGAGAAGCGGCGGCAGCUGCAGGAGGAGCGGCCUGAGCUCUCCGAGAGCGAGCUGACCCGCCUGCUGGCUCGAAUGUGGAACGACCUGUCUGAGAAGAAGAAGGCCAAGUACAAGGCCCGAGAGGCGGCGCUCAAGGCUCAGUCGGAGAGGAAGCCCGGCGGGGAGCGCGAGGAACGGGGCAAGCUGCCCGAGUCCCCCAAAAGAGCUGAGGAGAUCUGGCAACAGAGCGUUAUCGGCGACUACCUGGCCCGCUUCAAGAAUGACCGGGUGAAGGCCUUGAAAGCCAUGGAAAUGACCUGGAAUAACAUGGAAAAGAAGGAGAAACUGAUGUGGAUUAAGAAGGCAGCCGAAGACCAAAAGCGAUAUGAGAGAGAGCUGAGUGAGAUGCGGGCACCUCCAGCUGCUACAAAUUCUUCCAAGAAGAUGAAAUUCCAGGGAGAACCCAAGAAGCCUCCCAUGAACGGUUACCAGAAGUUCUCCCAGGAGCUGCUGUCCAAUGGGGAGCUGAACCACCUGCCGCUGAAGGAGCGCAUGGUGGAGAUCGGCAGUCGCUGGCAGCGCAUCUCCCAGAGCCAGAAGGAGCACUACAAAAAGCUGGCCGAGGAGCAGCAAAAGCAGUACAAGGUGCACCUGGACCUCUGGGUUAAGAGCCUGUCUCCCCAGGACCGUGCAGCAUAUAAAGAGUACAUCUCCAAUAAACGUAAGAGCAUGACCAAGCUGCGAGGCCCAAACCCCAAAUCCAGCCGGACUACUCUGCAGUCCAAGUCGGAGUCCGAGGAGGAUGAUGAAGAGGAUGAGGAUGACGAGGACGAGGAUGAAGAAGAGGAAGAUGAUGAGAAUGGGGACUCCUCUGAAGAUGGCGGCGACUCCUCUGAGUCCAGCAGCGAGGACGAGAGCGAGGAUGGGGAUGAGGUGGGGCAGACAGGGCACAGUGGGAGGGGAGGGGAGUCCUGCCAGGAGGGCCACCUGGUGACUCCACAUCCUUUCUCACCCCCCAGAAUGAAGAGGAUGACGAGGACGAAGACGACGACGAGGAUGACGAUGAGGAUGAAGAUAAUGAGUCCGAGGGCAGCAGCUCCAGCUCCUCCUCCUCAGGGGACUCCUCAGACUCUGACUCCAACUGAGGCUCAGCCCCACCCCAGGGCAGCCAGGGAGAGCCCAGGAGCUCCCCUCCCCAACUGACCACCUUUGUUUCUCCCCCAUGUUCUGUCCCUUGCCCCCCUGGCCUCCCCCACUUUCUUUCUUUCUUUAAAAAAAAAAAAAUACGGUGGGGCUAGGGGGCUGGAGGAGCCCAGGCCAGGACUCUGCAGCCUCAGAGACAUCAGCCCUUGGGGGUCCUCCUCCAGGGACAGCAACUAUCAGACUAAGCCAGCACCGGACCAGCCUGGCCCACCCCACCCACUUCUGCACUUGCAGUUCCGGCAUGGACAAUGGACCGGAGAGUGGGGGUGGGGGGUCCCAAAGAGUUUGAUGAGGCCCUCCACACCUGCAGCCCAAUCCAAGGUGGGGUGGAAGCUUGGGGAAGACCCAUUCCUUCCCAGAGGGGCCUGCCACCUGGACCCCUGCAUUGGAACUGGAGGCAGGGAACAUGGGGAGAAGGAGGGUCGGUGCCUUCAAGAAAACAGGCGCUGCCCUGGUGGCCCUCUCCCCUGCCUCCUGCAGGAAGGAGCUGCCUGGACCCGUUCAUGGGGGAGGGGGCAGAAGUGUUUUUUAUAUAUGUGUAUAUAUUUUUUUUUAAGCUCUGAGCUGUCAACGAGACGUUUCCUACCGA